CAGCUGGAAUCCGCGGAAAUCAUCAACAGGACUAUAUUCCUUUACUUGGCUAGCUAUCCAUCUGUCAAGUUGUAUCCCCCCCUUCCUUUCUUUUUGCUGUCUAAACGCCACACUGGCGAUGUCGGAGUCAUACGAUUUCCUGUUUAAAUUCCUGGUGAUUGGGAAUGCCGGAACAGGCAAAUCCUGCCUGCUGCACCAGUUCAUAGAGAAGAGAUUUAAGGAUGAAUCCAACCACACCAUUGGAGUGGAGUUUGGCUCUAAGAUCAUAAAUGUGGUCAACAAAAUGGUCAAACUGCAGAUUUGGGACACUGCAGGACAAGAGAGGUUCAGAUCUGUGACCAGGAGUUACUACAGAGGAGCAGCAGGAGCGCUGCUAGUCUAUGACAUCACCAGUCGAGAGACGUACAACGCGCUGACCACGUGGUUGAGUGAUGCCAGGAUGCUGGCCAGUCAGAACAUCGUCAUCAUCCUGUGUGGGAACAAGAAGGACCUGGACGCCGACAGAGAGGUCACGUUCCUGGAGGCUUCACGCUUCGCUCAGGAGAACGAGCUGAUGUUCCUGGAGACGAGCGCUCUGACAGGGGAGAACGUUGAAGAGGCCUUUGUCCAGUGUGCUCGGAAAAUCCUCAACAAGAUAGAGUCAGGGGAGCUGGAUCCAGAGAGGAUGGGCUCAGGUAUCCAAUAUGGCGACGCUGCGUUACGACAGCUUCGCUCUCCUCGCCGCGCUCAGCCACAGGGCACUCAGGAGUGUGGCUGCUAGUGGGCCCGCCCAGUAACACACACAGACAAGACAGGUUUGUGAAGACCAAGAGAAGAACAGCCACGGGGGGACGGUUCAGGUUGCUACGCUGGUGACUCCUCUCUGACCUUCGACCUUCGCACGGACCCUUCAGAAUCUUUUGAACCUUCGUUGUCAUGGCUGCACCUGCGGAGAGCCGGAGAGACUUUCCCGCCCACCCUGUCAGAACUCUGAGCAUCUCCACGGUAACCAGAGACCGCCCACCCUCCGACAUUGUGCUCCACUAUUGGACCAAACACUCCCCCAGCCCUUCAAUCAGGAUGUGAAUUGCUGACUGUAACUUCUCUUUCUCCCUCCCACCUUCUUACUUAUCGUCUCUCACACCUGCAUCAUUUAGUUCAUCUCAGUUUUCAUCAGUAUUCCCGUCUACCUCCUUUUAGUUUUCU